UCUUAUUUUGGAUUAUUUCAUGGUCUUUUUCUCCUAUUUAGAUGAAGCUGAGGAAGCGAUUUUUGCAACGAAUGCGAUUUGAAAAGCAAAAAAAAAAAUGAAGAGUCAUUUGAAUGAGAAUUCUGAAGUGGAGGAGAAGCACUCGUCGGAGGAAAAAUGGAGUCAAUCGAUGAGAGUUAGUGGUGAACUCAGACGGCGGAGACGGCCAGCUCCACAUUCUGGCACGAACUGGUCCGAGUUUACUGGUACGACCCGCAUCAGUAAGGUCCGUUGAAUUUGGGUGCUUUUCCAGAACAGCUACCGACUGCCAAUGAAAAUGAACCAAAUUCGGGCCACCAAGAAAAUUCCUGUGCUAGAGAUUGCUCAUGAUGGAACGAUUGCUAAUGGUAUUUCAUCUAAGGAAGACCAACUCCCUAACAAUCGUAAUGGCUGGGGUUUAAAGGAUGCUAGUGAAGCAAAUGCUAACAGCGAAAAUGAUCCCAAGCAGGUAACGCUAGAAAUUGAUCAUGUUGAAAGAGAUUUCGGCAGCCAAAAUAUUCAAGUGUCCAAUGGUGAUGAAAAAAACGGAGGCAGUAACAAUCACGAUGACUCGAGUUUCAAGGAUGUUGUAACAUGGGUUUUCCCUAUCACAAACUUGACCCUGGAAUUCCCUUCAACGGUUUUCGAUCAGCUUUCCUCCAAAGAUGACCCUCAUUACGCGCUCAUUAUGAUGUUAAUUUCGUUCAUAGCAUUGAUGGCUUGCAUCGCUGAGCUUAUUUGCAGAUGUAAAAAGGAAAGCGUUACUUGGCAGUGGAGAGGCAGAGUACCUUGGUUUUAUUGUCCAAAACCGGCAAGCCUUUUUGUAGCCUCUGGGAUAUCAUCGGAUUUGCGUAUGCUUUCCUUCAGUCUGUUGUUACAGCCAUCAAAUAUUCUUUUAUUUCUCGACAUCUUGACGGCCCUAUCAAAACAUGUGUUUUGCCUAUCCUCUUUGCUUUCUGUUUAUCGUGCUCUAGAUAUUUCGAGAAGCCAGGCAGGAACAGAGGAGGAAAGCCCGAUGGGGGCAGUGCCGCUGACCUUGUUCGAGUUCGUGUAGUGCCGUGGCUUACCACGAUCACAAUCAGGAUUUUGCCCCUAAAUUUUGCCCUUUUUUUUUUUUGAAAAGCUGGAAAAAUUUUGCUAUAUUAUCUUGUAAAUUGCUCUCACAUGCUUUCAGCAUAAACCCAUUGUGCUUCCCUUAUGCUUUCGAUGAUUAUAACGAAAGUGUUACU